AUGAACAAAAAUAUUUUAGAGCCAUGGCAUGAACCAAAUUCACAAACGCUUCCUUCCUCUUCUUCCAUAACCAACUGUUUUGAUCAUACCCAAAUCAAUUCUCCAACACUCUUUCCCUCUUUGAUCUCUCUUUUUCUCCUACCAAACUUGCUGAUCAAUGGCGAAAAGAGAGACGAAAGAGAAGUGGGUAUGAUCAUGGAUGGAGUCAUAGAAUCCAUGCCUCAAUAUGCCAAGGAACUGGUUGCCGGUGGCCUCGCCGGUGGAAUUGCCAAGACCGUCGUCGCUCCACUUGAGCGUGUCAAGAUUUUAUUCCAGACCAGAAGAGCAGAGUAUCAAAGCAUAGGACUACUUGGAUCUAUCAAGAAGAUUUCUAAGACUGAAGGUUUUCUGGGUUUCUACAGAGGCAACGGUGCUAGUGUCGCUCGGAUUGUUCCUUAUGCAGCGCUGCAUUACAUGGCUUAUGAACAAUAUCGAAGAUGGAUUAUCCUUUCUUUUCCAAAUUUUAAUAGAGGCCCCGUACUUGAUCUUUUGGCAGGAUCAUUUGCUGGAGGAACUGCCGUGAUUUUUACCUAUCCUCUGGACUUGGUUCGGACUAAGUUAGCAUUCCAGGUGAAGACUAAAAACAUAAGCGUCCCUUCCCAAAACAAAAACCAUGUAUAUAGAGGGAUUUCUGAUUGUUUCUCAAAAACUUUUAAGGAGGCUGGACUUAGAGGUCUCUACCGUGGUGUUGCCCCAUCACUUUACGGGAUUUUUCCAUAUGCUGGUUUGAAGUUCUACUUCUAUGAAGAGAUGAAGCGGCAUGUGCCGGAGGAACAAAAGAAAAAUAUUAUGGUCAAGCUGGUAUGUGGAUCGGUUGCGGGUCUGUUAGGCCAGACCUUUACAUAUCCUCUUGAUGUGGUUAGGAGACAAAUGCAGGUUCAACGUCUACUAGCAUCCAACAAUACAGAGAUGAUGGGAACAUUUGAAACCCUUUCUUUGAUAGCUAGAAAACAAGGUUUUAAACAGCUGUUUUCAGGUCUAAGCAUCAACUACUUGAAGGUUGUUCCAUCAGUAGCAAUUGGGUUUACUGUAUAUGAUGUAAUGAAAACAUACUUAAGAGUUCCAUCCCGAGAUGAAGCUGUGGUAGAAGUGGUAACAAAUAAAAGAAACAUCCAAUCGUCCUCUCUUAAUACAUAACAAGUAUUCUUUUCCCAUUCAAAACAUGCCAUAUUCUAGUAUCAGAAUUCAUUAUGUUAGCCUUGUUAUUAUUUGUAUAUGCAUUCUUUCAGCCUGUUUAGACAUUAGAGCUCAUGCUAGUUACAAGGCAAAAACAUUUGUUAUUCUUAGGUCUCCAAAAAGUCCAAGGUAACUGUCAAACAAGUAGAAUUAGCACAAGGAAGGGUGUACAUUUAGCUGGGAUGUCUUGUGUAAACAAUUGAUGGUUUGAAGGUAACUAAUAAAAUAUGAGUUGAUUCUUCAUAUA